CAAACAAACAACCAAGAUGGCUGACGCUUGGGUGGUUGACAGUGUGGUUGGCUUUCUCUGCUCACCACAAUGGACGACGCCCAUCAACAACUUUCUUGAGGCAAACUGCCUCGAGUUUGCCCCGGACGAGGAGAACAAGCUCUCUUACACUCGCAUCCACAAAGAAUAUCAAGAACUUGUGGAAUCUGUGCUGGAAGGAUUUCUGUCAGAGCUUGGGUUGUCGGCGGAGCAGUUUGCCACCGUCAUGGAGGAGGCGGAAACAUCCGAUCGCCCCCGCUUCACGCCGGGCGUGUUUGCCACCGUGGCAGCAGCAGAGGACUUUCUCCUGUUCAAGUCGCUCAUGGUCAACAAGAACGUGGAGCUGGAACUCGAAACGCGCGCCUUUUUCAUUCAGGCGCAUCAGCACGCCCAAGCCCAGGCGCCAGAGCAAGAGGAAGAGACACGCUCACAACGUCCCACAACAGCUUCGUCCUUGCACAGAUCCCGCGCCGUCCUCUCAGAGGCUGGACACGCAAGGUUUGAUGACACGCAGUCGAUGGAGGCCACAGCACAAGAGGAAACAUUGUUGCAGAAAGCGUUGCGGUUGUCCCUUGAAGAGUACAACAAGCAGCAGAGCGCCGAGGAUGAGGAGUUGCAGCGGGUACUUGAGUUGUCUGCUGAGGAGCACCGACAGCUGAUGGCGCAGGCGGAGCGCGACCAAGACCACCUCAACACAGCACUUCAACACUCUCUCGCAGAGAAGCAGGCUACCGAAGCAGCAAAACCAUCCCUGGCGUCGCAGCCGCUGCCUCCCAUCUCGUCACCAUCAUCGGCUGUGACAGCGCCACGCGAUAUGCCCUCGGGAAUCGAUUCCCUCUUCUCCUCGCUCACCAUGGACGGUGCGGACGCGGCGACGGCGGCGCACCGAAAGCGAAUUGCGUCCCAGCGGCAGCGCAUCGUCGCGAAACGAAUGGCAGAACGCGAGCACCAGCUCAAGCAGUACACGAGCCAGCAGGUCCCGCAAUCACGCCCGAGCAGGACAAUGUCCGUCCCAAAACCUUCCACGCUUCCAUCGUCGCGCCCACAGCGCGUCAGCUCAGCACUCGCUUCCCGUAUUCGCCGCGAAGUGCGAAAGUGAACACAGACACAGACACAGAGGCAGACACACACAUGCACAGAGGCAUGACUGCGUGCUACCAUCCACAUAAGAAGCACCAAUAAACUCGCCCUCCCACG